AUGGAGAUCAAAGAUACCCCAACUACAGUCUCACUCGAACAAGUACUAAUGGAGAUCAAAGACCAAAGGUUGCUCAAAUGGCCGGAGAGGAUGAAAGCACCUCCAAGUAAAAGAAGCAAAGGACAAUAUUGGCUUUUCCACCGAGACCACGGCCAUGCUACUCAAGAUUGCUUUGAUCUCAAAGAAGAAGUGGAAGGACUCAUCCGGAGCGGAUAUCUCAAAGAAUAUGUGGAGGAUCCUAAAGCGACUCAAAAUGGUGAGAACGACAGUAAUUCACCCGUUCGAGAAAUCCGAACAAUAAUGGAAGAACAACCUGCAAAACUCGAGUUCUCAGAGGAUGAGGCGACUCACCUCUUCCACCCACAUAACGAUGCACUGGUUAUCACUCUGAAAAUAGCCAAUGCAAAGGUGCAUCGAAUCUUGGUAGAUGGGGGCAGCUCGACAUAUAUCAUUUCCUUGACAGCUUACAAAGCCAUGGAUCUGGGAGAGAAGGCGCUUAAAAGUAGCCCGGUACCACUAGUAGGGUUUGGAGGAGAACGGGUCAUCCCUGAAGGUAGAAUAGAAUUGCCGGUGAUGUUCGGAAGCGGGCCAAAAAGCAUCAUUAAAAUGGUAGACUUUUUAGUCGUCUACUACGCAUCAUCCUAUAAUGUGAUAUUAGGAAGACCAAAAAUGCACAUGCUCAAAGAAAUACCAUCCACAUACCACCAGUCUAUGAAAUUCCCAACAUCUAGUGGAAUAGGUGAGAUUAAGGGAGAGCAACGAGUAUUACGUGAGUGCUACAACGCUUCUAUGAAGGGUAACGACAGAGCUUCUACUAUGGGUAACUAUUGA